AUGUCUAGAUCCUCCAAUUUUAACGAGGAUAGUAUGGCUAAGGCCUUCGCAGCCGCUAUGAGCCAAAAGAAACCGAAUAUUUCGAAAAUUGCGCGUGAAUUCGACGUGUCUCGCGAGACCCUUGCAAGCCGCAUUAAAAGUGCGAAAUCGCCUACUUCUACAGGGGCUUCGCGCCGAUAUGCCCUUCAAGCCGACCAAGAGAACGCCUUGCUUAACUGGGUAGGCCAGAUGAUCAGCUGGAACCUUCCUCCUACUCCUGCUCUUAUACAGGCGUGGGCGAAUCGUACCCUUGAGCGAUCGGGCCAGGCGGAACGCCAGGUUAGCAAAAUGUGGGCAUAUCGCUUCAUUAAGCGUCUUCCAGAUAAUAUGAGCCUCACGCCAGUGAAGCAGAAGACUAAGGAAUUGAAGAGAAUUCAAGCUGAAGAUGCCGGCUUGCUUGCGCAUUGGUACGACCAGCUAGAAAGUCUUCUCCAUAGUGUACCCGCACGGCUAGUAUACAACUUUGCUUCCCAGUGCUAA